GCUUUCCUGUCCCCGAGUGGGGGGCGGGGGGAAGGGACGGCGUCCAAUUUUGCGCGGGAAAAAGGACGGCCGCGCGCCUAGCCAUGGGGGACGUGGCGCUGGCAACUCGCACGGUGAGCGCGCGCCCCCUGGGAUGGGGCGGGAAGGCGUUUCGUGUGGUUGAAAUGUGUGAUGGAUUCAAGUGAAAAAGGAAAGGGGGGUUAAUAGUACUGAGGUAUGAGGGGGCUAAUUUUAACACACACAUAUACUCUCUCUGCCUUGCUAAUUAACCCCCUCAUAGAUCACAACUAUAAUAAGUAUCACGAACACCGCCUCAAUAUGUGUGAGGAUGGGGAGGUUGUUGAGGGUGCUGGGAACCAAGGAGGAGCAGGUGGGCUUGUAGCUGUGAGGUGGUGUUGGGAUGGGGGGUGCGGUGGGGAAUGGGAGGCCUGGCCUGAGGUGCGAAGAAAAGGUGGCAUUGGGAGCAACAAGUUGACUUAAUUUUUAAGGUCAACUUGUGGCAGCUUGUGGGAGGGAAGGUAGAGGAAAGAACUGUGGAAGAAGGGGGCAGAAGUUUGGGGUCAGGGGUUUCCCUUGUUUGUUGAAAUGUACAUAACAGGCUUCCCCCCACAGAUCUGUGAGGUAGAAAAAGAAAAGCGAACAUCACAUCGUUUCAGGGAUAUACUGCAUGGAUAGGCACCAGGACUAAAUAACAAUGGAAACAAUCCAGUUCCCUAAAUUUCUGGCUGAAAUCCACAUCAAACAUUUAAAGCUUAUUUGGUGCACAUUUAAAGCACAUGACUUCCUCCAAAGAAGGGCUUGGAUAACUUCAUUUCAUGUCUCAAUUUCCCUUUCUGUAAAGUCUGGGUAGUAUAACCUACAUGGCCAAAGUGUUCUAGUGUUGAAGACCAAAACAGAUAAACUGAACAGCAUCUUUUAGUGGGGGAGACUACAAUAAUUGCAUUUGAAUACAAUUUCUUUUUAUCUGACCUGUGAAGCAACAUGGCCCAGAGUCAGCAUUGCUGUAUAUUAUAGCCUCUAUGCUUAAUUGAUGCACAUGCUCUUAUUCUACCCUCUAGUGGCCACUGAGAACACCUGCUGUAUAUUGCUCAGGGCCUUGUUGCUUUCAGUUUGAGGGAACCUUCUAUUGAGCAAAAUCUUCAAUGGUCAAAUUAAAGCUAGGAUUUUUGUAUAUCAUGUAGAGAAACAUUAGGGGCUAAAACAAUGGCAUUCAGUUGAUGUGGGGCAUUUUGGAAACCUCCCACCUGAGGGAAAAACUCUGUGAAGAUAUAAUGAUGCUGGCAGUGGUGCUGCCUGAUACAUUCUAAUCCACUUUUUACUUUGCUGCCAGGGAUUACAGAAUCUAGGGCUGCUGGAGGAGAAAGGCUUUGCUAUUCAGUAUACUUUGCCAGUGUUUUCCCCAAACAUUUUCUUCCCCUAGGACAGACAACAUUUGUUGUUGCAAGCUGUUUUCUUCCAAAGGACUUUCUCCCUCCAGGUUUCCUGUGAUUCCCCAGCCAAGAUUUCAGAAUUUACUCCUGGAUUAAGAGCGCCUGAUCCAUUCAGCUUCAGGAAGCAAAAGUAGAAAAAAAACCCAGUAGCAGAUAUUUAUUUCUAAGACUGAUAACCUUUAUAUAGAACUCGUCUGGAUGAGACCUCUAUCCUAAAAUAAAACCUCCUUAUAGUUAUUUCUGAUAUUCAAACCUUUUAGAGAAAGAACCCUGCUUGGAAAUUCAAAAUAGACACAGUAAAAAAUCAUACCACAAUCCUUGGGACGAAAGAAAAGCUUUGAGUAACAUUGGUAUUCUAGAAUUGUGUGGUAGCAGUAAGAGAAACUGAAUGCUGCCUUGGACCCAGAAUUGCCUGUAAUCCCAUUGAAGCUUUUAGGGCAUGACACCAGACCAUCCCAUUUCCAAGGCCAGGUGGUGGUUUCAAUCCUGCCAGUGCUCAAAUUAGUAGAACAGGAUAGUGUGUGUCCACACUCUUCUUUCAGGACAGAAUUUGUGUAUAUGAUUACGUGUUUCAUUGCAUGUUUCACAAGGCUCUUUACAAUUUCAGAUUCUAGAAUAUCUAUUUGUUCGCCUUCAGUAUGCAAAGGAAGAACAGUCAAAAGGAUUUUCCACAUUAGAACGGAUACUUGUAGUUUCGGUGGACAUUGAAGAUUCUUUCCAGCGUGUGCAUCAUUCCCACUGUACUACUACUAGUGAGUAUAGUUUAAAGGGUGCCUUCAGAAGGACUCUUACAAUGUCUAUAUUUUACAGAGGGGUAAAAAAAGAAGGCAGGUGGAACUUGAUAAUGCCCUCAUAUUUACUAACUAGGAAUAAUCCACCCACCCGGGCAACCAUUUUCAGGCCCUCUUGCCCUCUGCAUGACUACCAAUAGUUUGGAUGACUGUUUCCAGCUUUCCCAUUGUACUGUCAUUUUACUCAGCAAGGUUAAACUGAUUUGUGUUUUCAUCACAGUGCCAGCCCAAUACAUUUUGCUGCUUGGAGCAAAGGACAAAAAGUCACUCCCUCCUAUUUCAUACCAAAAAACUGACUUGAUUGGCAGCUAAAUCUUACUAGAACACUGGCUACAGGUCUGCAUUGUUCACUGUACAGUGGUACCUCUGGUUACAGAUGCUUCAGGUUACAGACGCGUCAGGUUACAGACUCCACUAACCCAGAAAUAGUACCUCGGAUGAAGAACUUUGCUUCAGGAUAAGAACAGAAAUUGUGCGGUGAUGGCAGCGGGAGGCCCCAUUAGCUAAUGUGGUACCUCAGGUUAAGAACAGUUUCAGGUUAAGAACAGACCUCCAGAACGAAUUAAGUUCUUAACCUGAGGUACCACUGUACAUGUAGGCAGGAAGCUAGCUUAAGAGGUGCAAGGCAGGCCACUUGGCACACAUAGUCCUGUCCUCCUAGCACUUACCACUUGAGGUACUCACUCUCCCUCAUGCUACAACCAGUCUUGAAUCUCCUACUACUGCUGUCGUGAAGCAGAUUUUACAUACAUUUCUGCUGUAAUUGAGUUGUCACAGACCUUACUUUUUGCAUUCCGCUGCCAUUUAACUCUGACUUUUGCCUUUUCCCCUUGACACCUGAUCACAUUCCAUGCAUCAGAUGAAGAGAGCUCUCAUCCACAAAAGGUUAUAUGGCAUAAUAAAAACGAGUUAGCCUUUAAGGUGCCACAAGACUAUUUGGUGGUUUUGGUGCAAUAGACUGCACGUCUGGAAGCUGUAUUUUGAUAUGUCAUUAUUCAUAGAACUUAACAGAAAUCUGAAAGAAAAUACAGUAAAUAAAAGUUGUCCAUUGUUUGUUCCUUGCAGUUUCAGCAAAAGGUGACUUCUGCUACAAACUUCUCAGUGAUCAGAUGUGUAGAGGUAAAUAGCCUUUCAGUUACCAAUGUCUGAAGGUUCCAGAUUGUGGCUGUAGAUUUCCUGAUCUUGGAGACAGCUCAGGCUUAAGGCUUGCAUCCCAUAAUAAUGUCCUAAGUUACAGGUAGCUUUAGAAGGCCCAGGCAGUGCUUGAAUUUAUGGCAGGGGGAGGCAGGGGCAAUCUCUUACCUUUUUUGACAUCUACUGUUUUUAGAAGACUACAGUGGGGCAUGAUUUGUCUGAAACGGGGUGAGGGGAAUCACGAGUUGAGCCUUGUGAAAUCAGUUCAGGCCUGUCCUACCUUACUCCACAUAAUAUAACCAUGGCCUUAGGUAGGAAAUUGUUCACAUGCUAUGCUAACAUCAGUGUGGGAGAGUUUUAAUGCCUAGUUGCUUUUCUUCCCAUAAUGAAGUUAGUUGGUGCCAGGUAAUUUCACAGUUUCUGCGCAGCAAGAGCAGCAGUGUUCCCCUGAGAUUUAUCUGUGUCUCCUCCUUCAGACUAAUAAAACAUGGUAAAGCUGUCCUAAAUAUAAACCUUGCUAGUUUCAUUUUAGAGCCAGAGUUGGAAGAGUCUAAAAAGGCCACUUAGUUCAGUCCUCAUAUGCCCAAAGACAGGACCACCCACCUCCCCUCUCUUGACCCAUACAAUCCUGACCACCACCCACAGAACAGUAACUUGGGAUGCUUCAGGCAAGUGAGCAAAGCCACAGAUUGCUAUAAGUGAUCAGUCAGACAUAGGGAUUCCCUCCUGAGUCCUAAUAUUUCAAAUUCACUCAGCGCUUACUGGUCCAGACAUAAUACUGGUUUCCUUUUAAGCAUAAUUAAGAAGCCAACUGUGUGAAUGUGUGCUCCAUCUUUUUUGAGUGGCUAUGUGUUCUACUUUGUAAGCCUGAUACUGUAGUCUUCUGUAAAGGGCAGACCUCGGUUUGAAAGAUUACCUGGUCAAAGUCCUGUUUAAAGAUAAAGAGUGAAAAAAAGAGAGGGGGGCUUUGAAAUUACCCACCACCAGUUAGCUCCUAGACAGCAGACUGACCACUGGUCACUAAAUCUUCCCAAAUAUACUGUAGUGGUCAUCUCCCUAUGCCUUAAGCACCAUUAAGGGAAAAGCCAGUACCAGUCUUAUUCACUGUUAAUGCUGGGUUCCUGUUAGCCAGCACCUGGAACCAACAUUAAAAGCACCAUCCCCGAGUCAUUGUAAGGAAGAUGUAUUGUGGACAGCUACAUACAAACCUCCGUUCCAUGCCUUCUAACCAUAGUUUCAUCCAGAGAACAGGAUUUACGUAUUUGCUGGCCUUAACAAUGUUUGUCUUACAUUAGUAAUUUUCCUUCCUGCAGAAAUGAAAGAUUUGCUGCCUUUAUGCCAGAGCAAAGCCUUGAGUGGAAGGGGGUGUCCCCAUGAAUGUAUAGACAUCAUGCCUUUUCAACUCUCCUUUGAGGUUAGACUCUUGUGUGGACUUGGCCCUUAAUUCUCAAACCUGGUGCAAAUUAUCCUGCAAAGCCUGGAUGAUACCUUAGGUUGUGCACAUAUUACCACCUUAAAACACAGCUAGGUUGUUCUUUUUCUCAAUUUGGAUCAAAACAGGAUGGGGAAAAACACAUCAAAAUGCAGUAUUUCAUUAGAAACUACAGGAAAGAUAUGGAUUGUGGCUAAUGACUUGUGUUCACUUCUUCCCAAACUAGCAGUUGGAGCACACUAGAUGCAGUGUAAAUGGGAAUGUGUACACAAUGACGACAACCCAUGUGAUGGCAUUGGACAUAUCGAUGCCAGCCCUGUGAACAAUUAUGAGGACAUAUUGGCCUGUCUGCAGUUUUGCUAGCUAUAAAUCUCUCGAAAAUCCCUGCUGCUGCUUUUCCUCAAACACUGAUGCCCUAUAAGCUCUGGCCUGCAAAAUUUCAAUUAGAUUUCCUGUGAGGUCUCUAGUUAGAAAUAUACUGCAACUGCAUCUAACAGCAAGGUGUUAUAUCUUUCCAUGUAACAAUGAAAGCUUCAUAGCGCUUUGCCCCAGGAGGGUUUGCUAGUUCUUUUCUGGGGGGGGGGGUCUUCUUUUUUCUUUUGCAACUGCCUGACCUUGAAAGUUGUCUCUAGCUUUUUUACUAAUAGUUGCUUGCAAAUAAAAAUGUUACCUCUGUUCCUGCAGAGGACUGAGGGCCAAACUAGAGGUGAUGUUAACUGUUUGGGGUUUUUGUUUGUUUGUUUGUUUUUGAACAACCAUAGUCUAAUUCCAUGUUUUCAUUUCUAAGAGUCUCAGGCCUCUGAACUCACAUCUCCAAAAGCCUCUGGCUUUUAUGGUGCCAGUCUUCACAACUGUGAGAGGAUGGCAAUCUGCAGCUGUCCCUUUUUCAUGUACUGUAUCUUGGCCUCUUGCCUUCUCUUCAGAGAAAUGUUUAGGUGGGACAGCUUUUUAGACCAGCCCUACUUAUCUGCCCUACAAAACUGAAACCUGCUCCAAAACUGCCUUUGCUGUCACAGUGUUUUCUAGAACAUGUGUACAGUAAAAUGGGCUAUAUAGAUGCCUAAAAUCCACAGAAAACUGCUGGGAAGCAGGGAGUUAUUCCUGCACCACCACCAUAAAAGUAAAGCAUAUUAGUUCUUCUGGUACAACUAUCCCCAAAGUUAAAGUCAGUGGCCUGAUUCUUCUUUACAGCAUAAUGACAGGUUCAAGGACCUAGAUUCCAAUUUGAACUGGUGAGUGAAGAAAAUCCCCUUGCACGGUCUCUCUUAUGUAAGGGAGUGGGUUGUGCCAUGUGCAAGCAGAUGUAUUAAAAAUUUAUUGGUUCCCACAUUUCACAAAACAGACAGUAAGAAGGAAACGGGAGUCUUGUUUGUUUGAAAUAUAAAGUGCUGCACUUCACAGGUCCUGGUUGGCUUAAAGUGCUUUACAGUAACAAAGAAAGAAUUGCAUGCCCUCUCCUUUCCCUCAUCAGUGUUUCCAGUCUCUAAAUUGAAACUGAGGAUUUGAUGGCCACACAAAGCGGUGACAUGAAAUAAAUUGAGAUCUUUGGUAGCUUACGGAAUAAAAUACAGCUUUAAGGCAAAGUUUUUGGAAAGGGUCUCUUAACAUGGUGCAUCUUGUGGCUUUUCAGCUUGAUGAGAAAUCUGGAGCUAUCGAGGAGGACUGUUUGGCAUUGAAGCAAUUCAUCCACCGGAUCAGCCUUACUCACACAACAGUAAGAUUCCACUUCUGUGUUUGGUUUUGUAGAAUAUCAUUCCAUCUGAAGUCUCCUCAGGACUAGUUUGUUGAAAACAGGGGUGCUAAGUUGGGGGAUUAGGAAGAUGUUCAAGGAGCUGAAUAAGAGGAUAGUUCUCAUUCUUGACCUUUGAAGCAGUCCAGGUGCUAGACCAGGGGUCAGCAAACUUUUUUAGCAGGGAGCCGGUCCACUGUCCCUCAGACCUUGUGGGGGCCGGACUAUAUUUUUUGGGGGGAAAUGAACGAAUUCCUAUGCCCCACAAAUAACCCAGAGAUGCAUUUUAAAUAAAAGAGCACAUUCUAUUCAUGUGAAAACACACUGAUUUCCAGACCGUCCGCGGGCCGGAUUUAGAAGGCAAUUGGGCCGGAUCUGGCCCCCGGGUCUUAGUUUCCCCACCCGUGUGCUAGACGCCCCCCCCCGAUGUCGUUUGACUGGAUUUUAUUCAUUUUAUUUUCAUACAAGGGAGGAAAUGGAUAUUUUGCAGUUCUUACACAAUAUGAAGAAUGCCAACAUGGGGCUUGGUGUAUACACACAUUGUGUCUAAAGGUAUUUAAAAGGGAAUGAGAUUAAAUGGGUUUAGUGCCUGCCACAUCUGCCAUGCUUCAUUGGUUGCUGGCAGAGCUAGGGUGUGAAGUGGACAGAACUAGGCAUGCACACAGCCAUUGUCUGCAUGUAAACCUAUUGUUUACUCUGGGUUUCAUGCAAAGUUUACUCUGCAGUUCUUGAGGAGUGAUUGCUUAAUGAUAGCAUGCCAAUAAGCACAGGUGCAAAGUUAAUUGAAAUAUAUGAGGGCCGUAGGUUGAUUGACAAAAGAACAGGCAGAAAGGGGAGAGCCAUAGCUAGUACUUCAGUAUUACUCCCAGCCCCCAGUCAACACACCACCUAGACACUGAAAACAAAUGUGCACCAGCCAAAGUGUGUUUUGUAAAAGUAGAGAUUGUUGGGGAUAAGAACCUCAUGGAAGCCAUAUGUCCAACUCAGAAGCCAUGCCUCCCAAUGUCAGGAUUGAGAACUAACAUAGCACUUUCUGAGAGGUAUUCUUCCUUCAGCCCACCCACUAUGCUGCAGGAAAGGCAGGGUGGGGGGGGGAAUACUUGCCAACAUUUUCUGAUUAAACUCUUGGAUGUAGGUCAUACUGCAGGAUGUAAAAUUGCUUUGUGUUUCAUAUGGCUCACCUGUACUUAGUCAUAGCUACAAAUAUAUUGAUUACUGUGGGGAUUGCAUCUCUUCUUACCCAGUCUUACAGGCAAAGGCUGUAGCUCAGUAUACUAUGCAUGCAAAAGUUCCCAGGUUCAGUCCCUGCCAUCUUCUGGUGGGGCUGGGAAAGGCUCCUGUCUGAGACUUUGGAGAGCUACUGCCAGACAGUAUAGACGAGGGAUGGUUAACAUUUUCCAGGGAUUGACAGGUGGCAAACCCUCUGGGGCCACAUGUCGAAGUGUCCAUGGCUGAAGUGCAAAGGUGGGUGGGUGAAGUGCAAAGUUUGGGCAUGGUAGAAGCCAGUAUUUCUGGCCGUUACAAAUAAUUUUUAUUAUUUUUCACCACUUAUUCAUUUCCCCCUGUUUCUUAUGAACUUCCAUCACAGCCCCCAUAUUCCUUAUUAAUUUUCAGUCCUUCUUUACUAAAACAUUGUGCUUUUUGCCUAGCUUACCAUGGGCCCUGCAGUCUCUCAGCACUUCUCCAUCCUAGCACAGAUUGGGAUGCAGAUCCUCCCUGCCCAUCCCGCCCACCAGAUGACACAAGAGGCAAAACUGAACUUAGAUGGACCCAUUGUCUGUCUUGAUAGAAAGCCACUUCCUAUGUUUCUUUGCUAUAAUAAUAAUAAUAAUAAUAAUAAUAAUAAUUUAUUAUUUAUACCCCGCCCAUCUGGCUGGGCCUCCCCAGCCACUCUGGGCGGCUUCCACAGAAACCAAAAAUACACUAAAAUAUCACACAUUAAAAACUUCCCUGAACAGGGCUGCCUUAAGAUGUCUUCUGAACGUCAGGUAGUUGUUUAUCGCUUUGACAUCUGCUGGAAGGGCGUUCCACAGGGCGGGCGCCACUACCGAGAAGGCCCUCUGCCUGGUUCCCUGUAGCUUUGCUUCUCGCAAUGAGGGAACCGCCAGAAGGCCCUCGGCGCUGGACCUCAGCGUCCGGGCAGAACGAUGGGGGUGGAGACGCUCCUUCAGGUAUACUGGGCCGAGGCCGUUUAGAGCUUUAAAGGUCAGCACCAACACUUUCAAUUGUGCUCGGAAACGUACUGGGAGCCAAUGUAGGUCUUUCAAGACCGGUGUUAUAUGGUCUCGGCGGCCGCCCCCAGUCACCAGUCUAGCUGCCGCAUUCUGGAUUAGUUGUAGUUUCCGAGUCACCUUCAAAGGUAGCCCCAUGUAGAGUGCAUUGCAGUAGUCCAAGUGGGAGAUAACCAGAGCAUGCACCACUCUGGCGAGACAGUCUGCAGGCAGAUAGGGUCUCAGCCUACGUACCAGAUGGAGCUGGUAAACAGAUGCCCUGGACACAGAUUUGACCUGUGCCUCCAUGGUGAGCUGUGAGUCCAAAAUGACUCCCAGGCUGCGCACCUGGUCCUUCAGGGGCACAGUUACCCCAUUCAGGACCAGGGAAUCCUCCACACCUGCCCGCCUCCUGUCCCCCAAAAACAGUACUUCUGUCUUGUCAGGAUUCAACCUCAAUCUGUUAGCUGCCAUCCAUCCUCCAACCGCCUCCAGACACUCACACAGGACCUUCACCGCCUUCACUGGUUCUGAUUUAAAAGAGAGGUAGAGCUGGGUAUCAUCCGCAUACUGAUGAACACCCAGCCCAAACCUUGCUGUUUUGAGUCUAAGUUGAAUUCUCUAUUGCUCUACUCUGUAGGUAAAAUUUCAUUAUUGUGUAAAAGUGAACGGCUCAAUCUCUGCUGAGACCUAUAAGUGAGUAAAUAUUUCCACCACAAAGUAAUAUUGAUGGCUGUAAAAGGUUUAUAAGGUUCAAUUGUUCUGCCAGUUGACAUGAAACAAUAGUUAUCACGCCUGCUGAGAAGGGGGGAAAAGAACCCAACCCCUGGCCUGGCAACAAGAGAGAUGAGGCAUGCCUUUUCUCUAUAGGUGUGGCAGAUACCAGAAACACCUGCUAUCCAUGACUGAGUUAACCAUGGCCCAGUAUAGCAUAAUCAUUGUAUGAUACUACAAGGGACCUGAACUUCCACCUCCCCCAAAAUAAAAACAAUAUUGCCGUGCAUCCUUUACCUGCUAGCAGGGCAGCUCCUGCUCAGGGUUGCAACCCAAACAUGUAUCCUGAGGUACUUGGGGCUUUCUUUCAUCUGCAUAAGUCCAAACUGCUAAACCUAGAUGUCUUUAUUGUCUUUUGUUGUCACUUCAAAAGCCUACAGGCACACUUCAAUCUCAAAUGUAUAUACGAUUUCUAAACUAAACAUUUUAGGGCCAACGUACUUACAGGUUUUCCUUGAGAACAGGAAAGAUUGUGAGAGUCUCUAUCAAUCUCAUUUGGUCUGCAGAAUUGCCCGUGUUGAAUUCUGCAGGCAGGUCAGUCCUGGUGGCUUUGCUGUCAGUUCCUACUCAGUGUGUGCCAAGAACAAAGGAUGUCCUGUUCUCCUUUCAAUGGCUUCAGAAGAGUCUGAAAUUUAACUGCCCUGAAUAAGUUGCCAAUGAUUUGGCACUUGGCAGUGUGGCCUGUGUUAGGCUGAACAGGCUCUUAUUUAACAUUAAGGCUGUGUGUGCACUCCUGUUUACUCUGCAUCCAAUGUGCACCUGCUGCUGGUUUGUGAAGUGUGCACACAAUGUUAGCCACAAUCCGUAAAUAUCCUGUCAAUUUCUUAAGAAUACUGCAUUUUUAUGUGUUUUGCUCCACACCAGCUUUGAUCUGAAUUGAGAAAAAGAAUGACCUAGCAACAUUCUAAGGCAACAAUAUGUACAUAGCCAGUACAAGCCCAAUCUCAUUUUACGGGUAAAAAGUGGGGCAGGGGGGAAGAUGGAUGGUACUGCCCAGACUUCAUUUAUCUUAAAUUGUUUGUGUUAGCGUUUUUAUUCCUAAUCUCAAAACAUAAUCUUCAUCUCCCUUUUAUCAAUACCUUUAAAAUCUCAUACACCGUUUUGUUGAAUAGAAAGGACAAAGGAAGAGCAGCUUUGAUUCUCUAUUUUAGCUUAAGAAGAAAAGGUCCAUAAGAAAAAACUACAGAAUCCACAUUUUACAGAUACUUCUGGAUUUUUCUAUGUCUUGCCUGCAGGUCAGAGUGUUUUCAGUAGUGCAUUUAGUAAGCUCCUUUUCAGGGAGGAGUUGUCAUUCACUUUUGGCAAGUGGCUAUCAGCAGUGAAGUUGUAAGCAUAUACACCCCAGUGUAAUUUGUAUGUUAAAGGUCCUGAAACUGUCAGAGGAGUCUAAACAGCAUUAGUAAAUUAUCUUGCGCUCUCUAUAACUGAAAGCUAAUGAACUUCCCAAUCGGGGGAGAAUAUGAAAAGCAAAGCAAAACCUAAAGCAAACCCGCUGCUGCUGUUUCAUUUCUCUUCAGUGCCCUAAAUAGUAGCACUCUAUUCUGUGACAUGUUGUUGUAGGUCCCACCUAUUUAUAUUAUUUAUCUCCAUUUGUCUCUCUCUUUCCCCUUCAAAAGAUAGAUAUGGUGUCCAGGUCCAAGCUAUUAUCCCUAAAGUUCAAGUGCCUUAAAGUUCUUGAAAAUUGACUGGCCCAGUCAUAUAACUUGGUCAUGCGGCAGCAUAUUCUGUGUUGCUCUUUUUAGAAUGUGUGCAGUGCUAAUUGAAAAUUGUGGGCAUUGCUUGCUAAGGAAAGGGUGUAGAAGGGGUCUUGUUUAUUUAUUUUUUUGGUGUUCUGUUUCAUGAUAAAACAAAACAAAUGCUGUGAUUGUUCAAAAUAUAUAUUCCUUCUGCUGUCUAGCACAGAGAGGGGAGCUGCCACAUGUUUGCCAGGUGGGACAAGACUACUGAGUGAAGGGAAUCAUUUUGUGAGGUGAGGACUUGGAGGAAAGGGUCUGUACUGCAGGCACUAAGUUAGCAGUUACUGUUGAGCACUAAUAAUGAAGAUGGGAUUCAGGGGCACUAGUGGAAUGUUUGGGAUUGUACGAGGCAUGAUGAAAAGAUUAAAAGGGGGCAGAACUGUUAUUCUUCCUGUUUUACACAACUGGAGCCAAAAGAUUUUGGGCACAAUGGACUGGAAGUUCUUUUGUACAAGCCGUGUGUCAGUUUACGGGAACUCUACUAGAGCACUGUUGUAGGUGACCUUAGUAAGUUUCCAUUGCUGGCCAAAUUUGAAUUUAGGAUGAAUGCCAGACAUUGAGAGGGUUAAGCAAUGCUGCUGCAGGGUGAAGGAGUCUGGGCGCCAGAAUAUUUCCUUCAUCUCCUUAAUCUUCUGGUCACAAAGCCCUGCUUUAGGCACCUCAGUUAUUUGCUUGCAAAAAUACUGGCUGAGAUGUUUUUUUAAAAAAAGAAGUAGAAGAGAACACCUUAUCUCAUAAGCAGUCUGUGUUGCCAUCUGGUGGACAUGGGAGUGGAGAGCUGGAUGUGUAGUAAGGAUCCCUGGCUUUUGUCAAACAAGCACCUUAGAAAAACCAAAGCUAGCCGCCAAGUGGGACCUGUCAUAGGCACCUAUGAGACAGUGCCACAUACCCACAACCCCCUAAAUAAGUAUGAAGAUGGAAUGUCUUCAGAUGCCCUCCAGGUGGCCAUGGAAAAUUAAGGGACUUUGAGUGGAUAAUUGUGGGGAAGGGCACCAAGGCAGGCUGGAUGGCUUGAAACCCUAAACAGAAGGAUUCCCAUUAGAAAACAAGGAUAUACUGCAACAUUUUGUUGCAGGCUACAUUUGUUUUAUUGACUGUAAGAGAUUUUCACCAUGCUUUGCUACACAAAGUGGUGUUUGUGUACAAGUUAGCCUGUGGCAAAAAGAAGGUGCUAUGCAAUCCCGUGUAUGUUUGCUCAAAAAUAAAUUAUAGUGUUCUAAUGAAAUUUAUGUGAGUCUGUGUAACUUGAGCAAAUUAUAACCAGUCACAAAAUGUGGGGUUUUUUCCCCUGGUUGCAUAAUUUGAAUUUGUUUAGCUCACAGAUGUGACAAACCUAAUAGAGUGCUGAUUGAUACAAAAGUAUCUGAACUGUCAAUGCAGUACAGGUCUGUUAGCUGCAGGUGGAUGUCAGAUAUGGCCUGAAAACACGAUGGUUUAGCCCUGCCUUCUUCAAGCUAGUGCCCUCCAUGCUGGCUGGGGCUGAUGGGAGUUUAGGUCCAAAACACCUGAGGGACACUAGGUUGGAGAAAGCUGGUUUAGCCCAUGGCCAGUCUUGCCUUCCUCCUGCUAUUUCCUUGUUUUCUUCCUAAACCCCUUUAUGCCUUUCUUUUGUGUGUAUGACCAGGUCAGCAGCCAGGGAUGUGCCUUCAUCUUGUGACAAAAUCCACCCCAUGACUGGUGAGCCAAUUUGCCUUUUAAUUCCAGAUGAGGUAGCUGAAAGAGGCUUCAGUGGAGAGCUAAGGCUCAUGCCUGUUGUCUCCCUGUGUCCCUGCCAGAAACCAUACCCUAACAAGCCAACACAAAUAGCUGCUGUCUCUGUAUCCUUUGCUGUGAUCAGUGAGUGGAAGGUCAAAGUGAAUCUAUAUGGAGUAAGGUUCACUGUUUGCAGGUCUACUGUAACAUAGGUGUAGCUGCCCCCCCCAUCAAGUAAAACAAUAGAAAUACUUAACUAACUGACCAAUCAUGUUGGUUCUGCCCUCCCCGCCCCCUCUGCAACAAAAGUCCUGCCCGCCCUAACCAAGUCCUGCCUCCCCCAACAAAAAUCCCGGUUACGCCCAUGUACUGUGAUAUCAAUACCACCAUUCAUUUGCUGAUUUUUUUCCUUAGCUAGUAAUAUAUCUUUCUUUAUGACCCAGCAGGUCUGCCUGUAUUGUUCUCCACAAAGGAAGCAUCAUGUUCUUUUUUUAAAGAUCCUUCAUGUCUAAUAGCAUGGGAGAAAUAUGGCUAUCAGGCAACACUGAAUUCAGAUCCCCAUUGGGAAGAAGGUAAAGGUGAUAUAUUUGUCACUUGCACAACUACUUGUGCCCAGUGUGAACAUGAAAAUUAUAUGCUAUCCAUGUAAAUUCUUGGGGGAGUCUCAUGAACCCCUGGGACUGAAAGCAGAAAUAUUUUGUAUUUUCAGUGCAAAUAAUAACUUUCCUAAUUACCCUCUCAAGAACUCUGUAACUUAGGGUUGCCAGCAACUCAUGUAUAGAAGUAACAAGUAAGAAAAGAAAAAUGUUCUGGUGGUAUCUGGUGAACAGAAAUAGCCAAUGCAAGUUGUUGUUUUUAAUGAAAUGCAAGAGAGAAGGAGGGAUUAUUUGGCUAGAAUGAAAGAAAUUAAGCAGAAGGUUGAUGGGAUAUCAUCACUGGUUUAGGAAGAACAUAAGGAUAUUUGCACGGAAAAGCGUGAUUGGACAGUAUUUGGGAAUAAUAGAAUUGUAGAGCUGGAAUGGACCCUGAGGGAUAAUCACACAUGACUGAACAAGCAUUCAUGCUUGGUGAAAACUCAUGCAACAACACAUUUGGUGGUGGGGAAACUAGGGACCAUGCAAGGAAGCAUGCGAUCAAUAUAAGAUGUAGUUAGGUCUCUAGGUAUAGGUGAGAGAAAUGAGUGGCUCACCUAAGGCCAUUCACUGAGCUUCACAGCUUGAGGUUGGAAUCUGUGUCUUCUGCAUUCAGACUGAACACACUGCUUCUUGGUCAGUGGAGCACAGAGGCAAGGGUUAAGUCCUCCUGGAGGCAGAGUAAAAAAAAGUCAGUGGCCAGCUGGAGCAGGAAGUAACUUUCCACUGACUUCUGGUUUGACUAUAAGAGGCCAGCCACUUUCUUUAAACUGUAAACAACUUGAAACAUAUAACAGAACAGGUUAGAGAAAUAGAGGGACAGGAGGGUGGUCUCCCUCCUGCAGAUAGCAUAAAAAAACCUGCCUUGAUGAUUCACUUGGGCUUUGGCUAUACAGUAUGACAUCCAUCCUCACCAGCACAUGUGACUAUUCCAGGAUGAGGUGGGACUUGAGGGCUUGUCAAAUGGCCCUGAGCUCCAGCCUCCUUUUAAAAAGAGAUGCUGGCCCUACUUGAUUUUUUUUAUAGCUUUGCAAUACAAAUCUACAUAAUUUUUUUAAAAAAUCUUGCACAAUCAUUAUAUGCAGGUGGACAUAAGUACAAAGAUGGAAUGUCUUCAGAUGCCCUCAAAGUGCCUUCAAAUCUGCCAUCUUGCACAGCAGGGGUGUUAAAGAGUUUCAAAACAAAAAGAUAAUGUAUUUUAAAAACUGGGGGUGAAGCACAUACUGGGGAAUUCGUUUACCUGACACCAUCCAAUUGCUUUGAUACAGUCAUUCAUCCUUGGUGCUAUCUAUAUAUGCCAUGUGAUGUGUUCUGUCUCUUAGAUACUGCAAAACCUGAUAUCAGAUACAAGCUUCAUGCCAGCCACCAACAGGACUCAGAUGCUCAGGAACAAACGCUGCUGCUCUUCCUUUUUCUCAGCUACUCAGAUCAGUUUAAUGACAAGACAGUCUAUAAUUUCUGUACACACUGCUAUUUAUUUAUAUUUCUACAUUAUUCUGGGGAGUGUAAUAGAAUAAUGUACCAUAUGAGUUUUGGAAUGAUCUGCCAUCUGAAGACUGGCCAGAGAUGAUGAAUUAUUUAAACUGAGAUUUAGGGUCAUGUUUACCCCACACUAAAAAUACAAAUUCUGUGCGGAUGUGGUUUUUAGAACAUUUAGUGGGGCCUCAAAGCUGUUGUCUCUAGAACAAAGCAAUUAUUAUUAUUAUUAUUAUUAUUAUUAUUAUUAUUAUUAUUAUUAUUUAUACACUGCCUUUCUUUCUGAAGAGCCCAGGGCGGCAGACAAAAUGCAAAUUGCCAGGGCGGGGGAAAGUGGUUUAGAGACCAUUUCCCUCAAAUAACUGCCCAGUUAAAGAACAAUUUGCAACACUGGCUGUGAGCAGAAGGGCAUGCAUACAGAUUCAGAAUCCAGGGUGUUGGAGAAGCAGAGCCAAAACAAGUGUGUGCACUCUUUUAGCUUUUCACUGCUUUUGGCCCUUAACAUGCUCGGAUCCUAGAACAGAUACUCGUCAAUUGUUCUGGAUUCCCUACUAUACAUCAUUAUACAAUUCUCAACAUGUAAUCCCCUACUUGUUUUUUCAUGGUUUAAAAAAGCAGUCUUUCAUAUUUGAAGAGGAGGAUACUGUCUUUGCCAUGAAAGUUUCUGCUUUGGGGGAUUUGCUGAGAGGAACAGCUCCAGCUAGGUAAAGCUGCCUAGUUUAGCUUCUUCUGACUUAUUUUUAUCAAGCACAGCACUUAACAGUUAUAAACACAAGGAACCUGCAUGCUUCCCCUGAGGAUGGAGACAGAUCUGAGCAGUGCUUUCCCCCCCUAAAAAAUGCUUAGGGGUAUUCUAAUUUUCCUACUCAUACUGAAGUACUGCCCCUCAAUGAGGCCAAACUUAGAUUCACAAAAUGUUUAGGUGUAUGCACACCCCUGCAUCCCCCCAUAAAAAUAGCACUGGAUCUGAGUAACAGCUGCCCACCCAGAGAUGGGGAAUCAGUUUUUGUUUCUCCUCAAAGGUGCCUUGGUGCAACCUGAAACCUGCAUAACUUUGUUUGCUGCCUCCUCCUCCAUUGCAACCUAAGGCUCUUAAAAGAUGCAGACUCAUGGCCGACCCCUCUCCCCCAGCACUCUGAUGAAGAGUUUUGGAAAACUCAGAAGCUUGCACACUAUUUUGUGACAUUUUAGUUGGCCUAACAAAGACAUUGCCCUUAUAGGUAUUUUGGAAGUCCAACCUUUUCAUUUCCUAAGUAUUCCUACAUUCAAACAGUAUAAAGCUCAUGAGUAAAAGGUUGGUCCCUAUCUGACAUCCUGUUUCCUGGUUCUUCUCUAGAGGGCCAGUCAGGUUGAUUUGUCUCUAUAAUAUCAAAAAGUGUAUUUGUUUCUUUAAAACAUACCUUACUGUGAUCUCUGAGGUUUUGGUACAUUCCUCUUGUACUGAUUUUUGCAUAUAAUAUUUGCAGCUUGACCACUUGGCGUCCACUGCCCUUUACCUAGAUUUAAUCCUUAAUUUAAUCCUUAGUCAUUUUCACUCUUUGUGUGAUGCAGGGGACCGGCAAGUGAUCCUAUCACAUCUCUCUCCUAUCCUGUUGUGCAGCAAACAAGCUGUGAAAGGCUGCAUCCAAGGAGUGGUCAGUAGGAUCCUGGAGCAGCAUUACAAAGUGUCCCAGGUGAGAGUUCACUGCAGAAGACAAGGACCAUUGAGGCUAAGAGUUGUGGUGAAGGGCAUGGGGCAGAGAGUAGGGGAUCUUCAAAUUUUUGUCAUAGAUCUGUCUCUGGAGAAGUGGUAUGAUUUCCAGCGCUGACAGUGAGUCGGGACUGAGGACAGGGAAAUCUUGCUCUGGUUUUUAUAGGCUGUAAGACAUCCAAAUGCCAUGCAAUGCUCUUGGGUCUUCACAGGAACAACAGAAACUGGCACAGUCUUUGCCCAUCAUGGCAGAUGCCAUUUCAAGUAUAGUUUCAAGCAGCACUGACAGUGAGUUCAGAAGGAAAUGCCUCCAGUCUUUGCAGGUAUGGCCAGUGACUUAUGUUACAGGUACCGUUACAAUGCGCCUCUUCCACCAAGCUUUUUUUGGGGGGAGGGAGUGGUCUGGAUGAAUUUUAUGAGUUUCCCCUUGUGGAACCUUUGUUUAAUUAUGUUUUUGUAUCGUCUGUAAUAUAUAGCUUAUUAAGUUUGUCCUUGUUUUGUUUCCAUACACUGUCCUAUAACUAAGGUGAAGGCCGGUAUAUUCAUAAUAAAAUAAAUGUCACUGAGCCGUUGGAAUUGGUGGUGUAACAACUGUGCAAAUAAGCAUAGAAGAAGGAAGUGAGAUUUUCAAGGUUUAUGCCUUGAACUUACUUUAGAAAGGCAUAUGUGGAAGAAGAGGGAAGUGAACUGAUGAAUUGAACAAACACAUGUUCAAGCUAUACUGCUCAGAGUUAAAAUACAAUCUUGAGAGGAGAGGAAGAAGUGGUUAGCAUGUCAAAGGCAACGUUGGUUGGUGUAGUGGUUACAGUGUUGUUCAUUGAAGGGGAGACCUGGAUACAAAUCCCCAUUGUGCCUAGUCACUCUCUCUAUCAGCCUCACCUCCUUCCCAGGGUUGUUAAUAUAAGAUGGUGCAGUGGGGGAGGGGCGUGUUGUAGAGGAAAUCAUGUAUACUGUACUGCCUUGAGCUCCUGGGAGGAAAGGUAGGAAACAAAUGUAAUGAAUAAAUGAAUGAAGUUAAAUUAAGCAUGCUUCCAGAUUACUUCAUUUAAGUGAGUCCAUUUUACCUUGUGAACCACCCUGAGAUCUUUUGAUAAAGGGCAGUAUAUAAAUCUAAUGAAUAAUAAUAAAGUGACAUGCUCACUUCCUCCCUUGUGGAGAGUAAAAGCUACAACUGUUUCUCUCUUUCCCUGUGUUUAUAUUUAUUUAUCUGUAGGUUACAGAUACCAAGAAGUUCCAAGUGACCAUCAAAGAUACCUUCAACAAAGUCAUUCUUAAACAGUGGAAAUGUAGCAGUGCAUGUGACGCCAGAAGGGCAAGUUUCUCUGCUUAAGUGUGUUUGCUGUCCAUCCUUAGAUCCUUCUGCUAUCUCCAUCCAUCUUCUUUUCAGAACAGUCCUAGUUGCAACUAUUAGCAUCACAGAGAUAAUCUUCCACCAAAAUAUAUACUGUAUUCUAGAAUCGAGCUCAGACCUCAGUCUAGCCCAUUUUGUGGAGAAAUAUAUUUUAACCAUGACUGCUGACACCACCUUGCUCCCAACAAGAGGGUGCCUGGGGUGUGUUUAUGGAAAAUUUGUGAGUGCCUAGGCCCCCAUGGCCCUGCAUAGAUGGCGCCUAUGUCUGCUGAUGGGCUUGGGCUCUCAGUUCAGCCCUGGACUCACAGUGGGCUUGGCAAAUCAAUAAACUGAGCUUCAUUUGUCCUUCCUAUAGAACGGGUAUAAUAAUAGUGACUGAUUUCAUGAAGAUACGCGUGACUAGAUGAAAUGUCUUAUCAGGUCAGGCCUGCAGAGUGAAUUUGCUGAGAGAGUUCUAGUACUGUUGAUCUAACACCUCCCUUACAUUAUUGACUCUCCUUCCUUCGAGGUUUUUAACCAGAGGUUGAAUGGCCACCUGUCAUGUAUACUUUAGCUGAGAUUCCUGCAUUGCAGGGGGUUGGACUAGAUGACCCUUGGAUCCCUUCCAACUCUUAAGACUCUAUGAUCUAUUGUGUGUCCCUUUCUUCUUUUGCAGCCAUUGCCUAAAAACAAUGAGGCAGGAGUAGGGCUGCUUAGUGCAGACCUUCCUUUACCCACCAUUCACCAGAAGUUAUUGGGCUCGAACUUCAGUUCUGCACAGCUGGAGCAAGGAGGAAAAGGUACAUCAGAAAAGUGUGUGCAUGAAGUCAAGACAGAGAUCCAGUUUGUUGUACAUUGUUGGAACGCUUGUUUUAUCAGAUGUACUUAAUGUAAUUAAGAGAGAGAAAGAAAGGCAGGGCAGAGAUCCUGGAGUUUAGAUGAUGAGAGACACUGCCCCUCCCGAUGCUGCUGCAGGUUUCCCUAUAGGCCUUGGACACACACAAAAAAUCAGUAGUGGCUCCUUAACAAUCUGCAGCUCAUUUAGUGAGUUAUUUUCAGCAGUAAUUACAUUAUAUAAUGCUCAAAACACAGUCCUAGCACCAGCUGGUUCUUGUGAUGUUGAGAAUGAAAUGUCUUCAGGUCCUUUUGAAGUAGGAUUUUGAAGGGUUCAAAGGUCUGGAAUAUUAACCUUUAGUCUCCUUGUCUGUCUGAAUUAUAUGGAGCUCUGUUAUACGUGGUAUCUGGACUCCUGAUUAAACCUAUGAGAAAUAUCCCAUCAGCUAGUCACCUGCCUUACUUUGGCUCCCAAGGCAUCCAGAUGAGACAACUGAAAGCCAGGGUUGAAGCUGAUUAUCUUAGGAACAGACUAUGCUUGGUGGAGACCAGGGUGUAUUUAUAAUUUGGGUGUACUUGGAGUGGGCUGAGGUGGAUUGUACAGUCAUUUCUUCACCUUUCAGUAGAUGAAGCUAUUGGGUUACAAUGUAAAUAAGAAAUUAUCCAGUUGAAGAAAGGGCAUUGGUGGGUGGCCCCCGUUUAUUAAUAAAAUUUUAAGUCAACUUUUGACUUGCCAGGAACGUUCAAAGCAGUAAUAUAGCCAUCACAAGAUAAUUCAAAAGCAGCAUAGAAAUAGUAAGAAUAUUUAAAGUAACACUAGCAAGUCUGUAGAAAAAUCAACAGAGAACAAUUCCAUCUAAGGCAAAGGGACUGUGAAGGCUGCGAAGGCAAAUCUGGGUUUAGAAGGCAAAGAAAUCCAGAACAGACCCUCACCAGAUGCUCUAAGUGAAUUUUGCAUGUGUGUGACCUGAGAUUAAUUAAAGAAUGAGAGAAGCAUAAUGGUAGUUCUGUUUGGUUGAUCUGAGCUUUUGUGUUGUUUCAGCAUUGUUAAUUGCACCUGUACAUAUUUGUGGUUCACAAAUUGUACUUGAGUGUGUGGCUUCAUGAACACCAAGGGUGUCCUGCCCUGGUUUUAUGUUCUGCAGGAUUUCUGUUUGUCAAUUCAGAUUGUGGUGGAAUGAGCCAAAAAGGAAGCAGGGAGAUCCAUGUGGAGGAUUCAGGAGACCCACAUAUCACUGGGGUGGCUAAAAGCAAGGAAAAGAACAAGAGUCUGUUAGCAGAAUCAGGCACCUCUUCAAGCUCUUUCUUCUCAUAUCCAACUAAAAUUGGGUGUGGUGCUCUCCAAGAUAAAAGCCAGGUGCUGUCUGUAGGUCCUUCAGUGAAGAAAAUCCGAAGCAAUGAAAAUCUAUGGCAGGUUUGUCAAGAAAUAUUGCACCAUGAAACCAAAGUAGAAUGAAAAGGCCCAUCCCAGUUCCAGUUAAUAACCAAAAGAAAGCAGUGUAGGGAGUAGGUGCCACUAGUCAUAUGGUUAAUUGCCAAAGAUCCCCAAUAAGUUGUCAGAGGAGCACCAGUGAGUUCUAUCAACCCAUCUGCAAAACAAGGCCAAGAGUGGAGAAGCAGUAUUCACAGCUGGUUUGCAAGGCAUUUUGAGAGGCCCUUUCCACUUUUCAAAACUGGGUAAAUACAGAUCUUCAAUGGAAUCAGUUUCAACAACUCUUAGUUGUCAAAACCUGUUUUUAACAUGUAAUGUAAAAAAUGUACAAAAUAUUCUGGAAAGGCUGGGAAAAUAAGAACGAUUUCAGUGGGGAAUCAAAGGGCAUGAUAUCUAGCACCAAGCAAGGCUCUCUGGUCCUGCAUUUAACAAUACUAGCUCCCUGACCACCACCCACCUAACUUCAGAGUGUGGGAACUCAGAGGGACUCUGAAUAGGAACAUAAUAUUAGGACAGGCUUCUGUGUAAAUCUGAAAAUAGUCUUCUCUCUGAUGUCCUUAUUUGAUUUCACUUUUGUAUUACAGGAUGAUUACUUUUGGAAACAAGAGGUCUCAAACUUGGCCAAGUGGACAUCCUGAAAUGGUUGCAGCCUCAGGACAUUAUAUUUCUGCAUUCUGGAAUUUCUGUGCAGGCCAAUAAAAGGGGGGAAAAUCAUUGAUGGUCUCACUUCCCUUCUAUUACAAAGAUGAAUUGGAGAGCAAAUAUGUAACCUUGGCAAAUAAAUAU